UCUAGAUGUUUCUCUGUUUAUUCCACAAAGAAAGCCAGAGGACGGUGUUAAUAAAGAGAGAUUUCACAGAGAGUGGCACUGGGGAUGAAGUGAGAUACACUAAGAUAAAGGUCACAUUUGAUCAGUUGGAGCAGAUUAUGUGGGCUUUAAAAGGUAGGGGCAGAGAAAUGAAGCCAAGGUUAGAAAGCAAUAUAGUGCAGGAUUGAUUCUGGGGGCGGAAGUAAGCUAUGACAAGUGCUUAUCAGCCAGAGAAGUAGGACGAGUUAAACUGGGCUGUUGUCAUUUGCAGACGAAGUACAGCACUCACUGCUUUUGUUCAGGCUUCCACCCCCCUGUGCUGCUAGUUAACAAUGGUUUCUAUAAUUUCCGAUCUGGAUCCAAUGAAAGGCUGGGAAGUAUUAAGACAGGACCCCUCUGAACUGUCUGGAACUAUCCAAAGUAACGGCACUGCUAGCAAGAUGAAUGGAGCACUAGAGCACUCGGACCAGCCAGAGCCAGACGCCAUUAAAAUGUUUGUUGGACAGAUCCCUCGGUCAUGGUCAGAAAAGGAGCUAAAGGAGUUGUUUGAACCAUAUGGUGCAGUCUACCAGAUUAAUAUCCUCCGAGACAGGAGUCAGAAUCCUCCUCAGAGUAAAGGUAAAGGCUGCUGUUUUGUAACGUAUUACACAAGAAAAGCCGCCCUUGAGGCUCAGAAUGCACUGCAUAAUAUUAAAACCUUAACUGGGAUGCAUCAUCCCAUUCAAAUGAAACCUGCAGAUAGUGAAAAAUCUAAUGCCGUGGAAGACAGAAAAUUGUUCAUAGGAAUGGUUUCAAAGAAGUGUAAUGAGAACGAUAUCAGGGUGAUGUUUUCCCAGCUCGGUCAAAUCGAAGAGUGCAGAAUUCUGCGGGGACCUGACGGGCUCAGCCGAGGCUGUGCGUUUGUCACGUUUUCUUCAAGGUCAAUGGCACAGAAUGCAAUCAAAGCCAUGCACCAGUCUCAGACCAUGGAGGGUUGCUCUUCUCCAAUUGUGGUGAAGUUUGCUGACACUCAGAAGGAUAAGGAACAGAGACGCUUACAGCAGCAGCUGGCACAACAGAUGCAACAGCUCAAUACUGCCACCUGGGGGAACCUCACUGGACUAGGAGGACUUACACCACAGUACUUGGCACUCCUCCAGCAGGCCACCUCUUCUAAUAACCUGGGAGCAUUUGGCGGCAUUCAACAAAUGGCAGGUAUGAAUGCUUUGCAGUUACAGAACCUGGCAACUUUAGCAGCAGCAGCUGCAGCAGCAGCACAAAACUCAGCAGCAACUUCGAAUGCAAACCCUCUCUCUGCAACCACUAGUGCCCUUGGAGCACUCACAAGUCCAGUUGCUGGUACACCAAACUCCAGUGCCGGGGCUGCCAUGAACUCCCUCGCGUCCCUGGGAACUCUACAGGGACUGGCUGGAGCUACUGUGGGAUUGAAUAAUAUAAAUGCACUAGCAGGCACCGUUAACAUGCCCAACAGUUACUCCACCCAUCUAGGUAUGGCGGCCCUUAAUGGAGGACUUGGUGCAACAGGGUUGACAAAUGGGACGGCAGGCACCAUGGAUGCUCUGAGCCAGGCAUACUCAGGAAUUCAGCAGUACGCUGCAGCAGCACUUCCAACCUUAUACAGCCAGAGUCUGCUCCAGCAACAGAGUGCAGCAGGCAGCCAGAAAGAGGGGCCAGAAGGUGGUAACCUGUUCAUUUACCACCUUCCCCAGGAGUUUGGAGAUCAGGACAUCCUGCAGAUGUUCAUGCCUUUUGGAAAUGUUGUCUCUGCUAAAGUCUUCAUUGACAAACAGACCAAUCUGAGCAAGUGCUUCGGUUUUGUUAGCUACGACAAUCCAGUCUCUGCACAGGCCGCCAUUCAGGCGAUGAACGGCUUCCAGAUCGGCAUGAAGCGCUUGAAGGUUCAGCUUAAGCGCUCCAAGAACGACAGCAAACCAUACUGAUCUUAGCACUAGAAGUUUACCGCUCUUAUCUUAGCUUUGCUAGGACAUCUUCAUGCCUGUUAGUUCAUCGUUUGCCUAGCAUGUCCCUGUGGCGUCCAAAAAAACAAAGUGUCAUCGUCCCGUCAUUGUUUCUGAUGUCUUUCUGACCUCACAUCAUAACUUGGUCCUCCUACUGACCUUUGACCUAGUUUGACCUUUUGAAUUUGCAUGUGACCUCAUCUAGCUAUGAUUAUUGGGAAGUUAAUGUGAAAGCAUAGCUGCAUUCAUACAAGACUGAAACUUUAGGGAAAAAAAUAACAGUAGUGAAAAAAAAACAAAAAACCUGUUACAAAAUGUUUUUGUUUUUUGUUUGUUUUUGUUUUCUUUCUUCUUUCAUUAAAGCAAACUUGAAAGUAUUAUACAGGGAUUGGCAUUCUGCCUGGUUGCUGGUACCAAUAGCAAUAUGUGUCCAGGAGCAAGGAAUGGCAGUUUCUAAGUUAAACAGACUACUUCUGCGCAGUUUGAAAAAAAAAAAACUGUCUGAUUAAAUAUAGAAUCUCUCUUAAAGCUCUGUAAUAGUUUUUACAUUUUUCAGGCAGUGUAAAGUUUUUUGAUAAGGCCAUUUUAAGUGGCUCACUUUCUCAUUAAAACUAUAUAUAGAACCACUUUUUUCUAGAAUAGUUUAAAGAAAAAAGAAGAUUUGCCCUGUUUUGGGGAAAAUGCUACCUACUUGUGUCACCUUUUGCUGAACUGAUUCACAGUUAGACAAUCCGUGGUUAAAUGCACAUGAAAUUACCUAUAUUUUAUACUGGUUAAAUGUAUAGAGAAAAAAGUAAUUGUAAACCGUAUUAACGUUGGUGCUUCUUGUGGAUUAAGUUGUGGUAUCAUCACGAGUCUUAAGGUCUAAGUGUUUCAUGUUUUUAAAGACAAGAUUAAAAUUCGGUUUACUUGAACAAUAGAAGCCUUUUUUCUUUCUUUUUUUUUAUUUUAAGCAAAAGUCGUAUUUGCUAAAUUUCUUGUGGAAAAUAAAUUCCUAAAAGAAAAAUGUGUGUGAGCUUGUGAAGCAUUGAUGUCAUUUUUUAUUUCUAUUGUGGAAAACGAUAUAAAUGUGUUUUAUUGUUCAGCAAAAUGUGAUUUUUUUUUUUCUUUUUAAAGAAAACUUAAAUCAGUGGAAUUUAGUGCCAAAUUCCAAAAGGUACUUCCUGCCUAGAGCUUCAGUGUGUUUCUUGUGAAAAGUUAUUUGAUAACAUGGGUAUUUUAUUACUUACGUGUUUUGUAUGAAUCCCUCAUAUUUAAGAAAAUAUAUAGAUUUAAAAAAAAAAAAAGUUUGUUAACUUGCUAUUCUGUGGUCUUGUUGCCUGAAAUUGUUAAUGUUUGUUAUUUCUCUUUUUGCUUUUAUGUAAGGUGUAAAAGUGCCCAUGUUUUGCUUUUUUGAACACCACACAGUAGUUCUGUGAAAGCAAACCUCACAAUCUACUUUCUUUUAAUAUAAUGUACGAAAAAAAACCCUAAAGGUGAGAAUCUCUAAAGCCUCCUAUCUGUUCUUCUCAAAGUCUUUGCUAGAACAACCCUUGCUAUUCGUUUUCACUUUCUGCUGUAGGAGUUUCACAUGUUUAAUCACCAGCCAACAAAGGGACAGGGGGCCAAAGUCAAAGCUAAGAAGUUUCCACCCUUUUCUUUAAAUUAAAAACACCUUUUUUGUUGUUGCUUUUGUGUUUAUAUGAGCUACAGGUGCUGCUCUGUUGUUGGUCUAAUAUCUUGUAUUCUGCCUUUUAAUAAAAUAAAGAGACUGAACUGAUUUUUAAGUCAAACAAAAGUGUUGGAGUAAGCCUUUAAAAUGCAACCAUAUUAAUGUGACACAGAGCCUUACUUUAACUUAAUUGCCUCUGCUGUUGUCCAGGGCAUGAGGGAGAAAUUAGUAUCUGCUUAUGUUCUUUGGGGACAUACUCAGUAUUUAUGAAAAUUGUUAGUCAAGAAACCAUGUUCACAGUUCAGAAUUAAUCUUUUUGGCUCAAUUAAAACCCAUUAAGACAUUUAGGAUGUAUUGCAACGAGUAAAGAUGUUUAUUUAAAAGGUGAAUGCUGUUUGACUUUUCUAAAUGCUGACAAUGGUUCGAUACAUUUCUGACAAAGCAGAUAAAGAGCAUUAACAGAGUGAAAGCCAACCUCCAUACAUCUUGAGCACAAUUUAAUUACAAGAUAGCAUCUAAAUUUUUAUACAAAUACUUAAAUUAUAUGUGUUACAAUUAAUAUUUAACUACUGAAAAUUCUUACAAUGAAACUCCUUCAGUGUUUAUUUUAUUUAUUUUAUUUUAUUUGCAUUUUUAGCUUGUUAAUUUUUUUAGUAUGGCAGAAAGUGUACAGUUAAUCAGUUUUCAGUUAUAAAUCUGGUAAUGCAUAGUGACAGUUGAUCGAAAUAUGGGCACAUAAACUAAGUCUAGAAGAUUUUUUUUUUGUUUUUCUUUAAGUAAACAAGCAGAACAAAAAAAAAAUUGUUCAAGGGCACUUUCUACAGGGAUUAACCUACUGUCUACAUGUUUAGAGCAUACUGUAUAUAUAAAAAUGUAUGAAAUUCAGCUUUCUGAAAAAGUGCCAUAUAUACAUGCUAUUCUGAUAGGUUCCUGAACUGCCAACAUUAUGACCCCAGACCUUGGUUUAAGUGCCCUUACGAAAUUACAAAAUGAGCAGGGACUGAAAAUGUUUGUCAAUGAAUUCUACUCUUGUAAUUAACACAAUGAAAUCUGCCUUCUAAUGUAAAGACUUGCUGCAGUAUCCCUCGCUUUUACACACUAGUUUUGCUAAAACUAUUAGGUAGUCUUCUCCUUUAGAGGACUGUUUUUGCACUCUUUCAACAACUUUUACAGUAACAAAAUAAGAUUAAUUUCUAUUAAAAGAACAGUCAAACAUGGUACUAUUAUUUUUAUAUCUUUCACUUUUGGUUUUGUCCCCUUCGAUGCAUGAGCAGUCAGCAGGUGAAAACGAUCGUUGCUGAGUAUUUACAAUUGAGUGCAUUGCAGAUCUGCUUCCUCAAAUGAACAAAUUCUGUUUAGCACAAAACACUUUAUUAUUUUCUCUGCAAAACGCUUCGAAAAUAGCAUGCACAUACACAAUGCAUGCAGAGUGUUAUUGAUUGGAACUCCCAUGUCAGUUUCUCCCAACUUGAACUGGUAUCCACUGGUGGAUAUUUUACGUCAGCAUGCACAAAACCUGUGACCUCAUCGUUAAUAUGUCUAAUGAGAGUCAGUAAAGGCCAUUGAUUUGUAAACUACAAUCACUAAGUCUCUCAAUCGGUAUUUUCAGAAGAUGAGAAAGCAUCUAGUAUGUUUUAAUAUUUAAAAGCACAAUAAAUGUACAGUCCUCAAAGGAGUACCAUUGAGCUUUCUCACCUUAGGGGUUAAAGUUUCCUGGCUUGUACUUUUAAAUCAUGUCACUGUUUUGUUAAUUAUCUUAAGUGCUAUUUAACAACAAAACUGUAUUUUCAUUGCAUUUUUUGGCGAAUGUCAAAUGGAAAAAAUGUAUUUGUGUUUUUCUGUGCUGUAAGAGCUGUUGUCAGUAGAUAAAUGCCAUUUUGUUUAGGAUUAUAAGAAUUAAAUAGUUUUAAGUAUUGUCUUGAGAAAAGCCAAAGUGAAUGCAUUUCAGUGGAAUAUGUAACAACGUUUGAGUGUGCUUUUUGUUGUUAAUGAUACAUUGGAUUCUAUUGUUUGAUGGAAUUUAAGUCAAAACAAGCGGGCGUUCCUAUUUCUACAACUGAUUGUACUUAUGCAUUUUGUACCAGUGGAACUUUUUAUACUGGAGAUUAAAGGAAAAAAAUAUUGGACAUUUCUGUGGCUUACUGUUGUGGGCCAGAUUGUGACUGAUUCCGAGUUUGAUUUCUGGUUGGUAUAAAGAAAGUUGGGCUUUGUUUUAAAGAAUUCUUUUAGAAGAACUUUGGCUUGCUUUCUUUUCUUUUUUUCGCUAAUACAUAGUAAUAGAAGUUUGUCUAAAACAAAGCGGUAAGUUUCACUUUAAUUACCUGUUGUGCAGUUACAUGAUAAGAUAGGGUUAGACGUAUUUAGUCACCUUCAGUGGAUAAAUGUAUUAGUUUAACAACAACAAAAAAAUAAUAAUUAGGGGUUUGCUUUUAGCUGUUUUAGAUCAACGUUUUUUCUGAUUCUCCUGUCCUCAUUGUGAACAUAACCGUGUAGUUGGAACAGUCAAACUUAUUUUUGUAACGUAUGUUAUUGUGUGAUGCAGUUUUUGCUUCUGUCUCCAAUAUUAAACCAUUUUUCCUAA